GAUAACGGGCUGUUGAAUGCUGAACAUCUAUAAAUGCCGGUGGCUGAGAAGAUCCUCUCCAGUCACACUCCAGAAUGGCCCCUCUCGAUUGUUUGUUCUUUCUGGCUUAUUGUGUCCUAUCUGCAAACGCAUACGCAACGGCUUACAUUUAUGGACCGAUGAAGGAGACUGUGCUGUUUCGGGCGAAGAGGGAUGCCGGACCUGGCCGGAGUAUGUCGUUCAGCGGCUACUUCCCCGACCGAGGCAUGACCAGCUACGCGAGCAGCGCCGACCUGGAGCAGUGGAACAGGGCCUACAACAGGAGGAGACCCACCUACUUCCCCGACGACGAGGAGGCUUGGAAAACGCCUCAGGACAACCAAGGACACACCGAACUCACACCCCCACCCCAGGCAUCGGGUUGGUCGAAGCCGGAACAGGAAGAGACCUCGUCCAAGGAUAAGGAUGCCGCCGAUAAGCCUGGCGCAGACAAUGGCGCAAAAAAGCCGAAAAGGAGGAGGCCGGCCACCAGCUAUCACCACCAACAGGAGGAGGAUGCUGAGGAGGGGCUGGAGGAGGAUGGGUCAGCUGGUUCUGCUCAAGCAAGCACAGGUGGCAACGCCAAGGCAUCCUUCAACGCGUGGUUUCCAAUAGUGUUCGGCAUGUUUCCUCCGUCGAGGGAGGACAGAGACGACUACGAUGGCUACUCGUCGAGAAGAGGUCAGCAGCAGCAGCAGCAGCUGCACAGGACCACAAUAAUGGCGAACAGCGUCAGUCACGGCGCCGGUGGCGUCGCAACCAGUCACGCCAUCUACGGGUUGCCGCCGCAACUACAACGAAAGCAGCAGCGUUGACGUCAAACCACUUGAUAUUGUCAUAGAGCAACUUAUAUCAUUAUAGAUAUAGUUUGAUCUAUGAUAUUAUUUCUGCCGUAUCGAACAAGUCCCCGAUAUGGAUAAGUGAUUGCGUCACAGCAACUACGUAUAUGGAUGCCAUAAUAUAGAAGGAACAAGAUACGUCAAGAGCAGCAUCGAUUGGGAUGGAGCCAAAUAAAAAAGGUGGAUUUCAUAUGGAUUUUGACUGAAUUUUAAGUUUAAGGGCCCUUAAAUUAGAAUGACGCGCUUUGGAAAACGCUAUUUUGUACGUUUAGUCAAAUAUUAACGAACGGAUAGUUUUUUAUAAACUAUCUUCAUUGACUGACAUUAUAAUAUUUUUAUAAGACAAAGCCGUAAACUAGUUUAAUAGAUCUAAAUCUAUUUAUCAAGAUUUUGAAAAUGAUUGGAACAUGUAGAUUUAUACCGUACCCUAGAAUGGCAUAAAAAUAUGUGCCUGCCUAAUACGAUUUUGAUGUCGAAGGUUCUACCCUUUUGUAUUUUUGUACUCACUCUUCACAUCAAUAAACUUCUUUACGUUAUUUUAGAUUUUAUGAAAUUUUUUUGAAAGAGAUUAUCCAUGAAGAUCGAGGUGUAUAAUAAAAUGAUAGAUUAAUUUUAAAAUGUUGUGCUAAUUCCUAUCCAAUUAUUUUAUACGAUAAGUUUAAUAAUCCAUGCUUCUAAAGCUUCAAAGUGAUAAUGGUUUAUAAUAAUUAUAUUCGCUUAUUCAAUUUCUAUAUGCUCUAAUCUUAACUAUAUUCCUGAUCCUCUUAUUGAUUUAGAAUUUCCACCUGGUGGCAACACCAAGAAUAGUUGGUAAUUAAUUUUCUAUUUAUUCACCUGUUCUGUUCUUACUUUUGUGCAAUAAAGAAUAAAUUAUAGUUGUUGUCAA